AUGGAGAACCCAGUUGCCGAGAUUUCAACAGUCAUCCGUCUGUUGACGCAGUCGCCGCCGUCUCUACAGGAGACCGUCCUGGAGCGGUUUUUCACCAACAAUGCAUCUUUUGUCCAUCCCUUUUGUCGAGUUCCCAGCUUCCAUGGGAGCCGAUGGUGGGUUGCAAAGAUAUUUCAGUGGUACAAGAUUAUGUCGCCCCGAAUCGAGUUGGAGGUCCAUUCUAUCGCAUUCGAUGAGGAACAUCUGAAGCUUUAUGUGAACAUGUCCCAAAUAUUCUCUAUCUGGGUUGUUCCUUUCCAUGUUGCUACAGCCACCCUCACCACGGUCUUGGAUUUGACUGUUGAUUCACCCAAGAGUGAUGCCACAACCAAUGGUGACCACAGUCUUUAUUACAUCACCAAGCAAGAAGAUCUGUACCAAACCUCAGAGUUUAUCAAGUUCCUCAUGCCACACAUUGGACACUGGCUCGUGUUUGGCUGGCACCUCGUUGCAACACUGUUCUGUGUUCUUGGUGUCACGUUACUCUGGCCCAUUCUGUGGCUGGAAGAAAAGCGUUAUAUCCCAGGUCACUUUUUACGAGGGGGAAACUUGGCUUACAACAUGGAUAAGAAAAUAUCGGAGAUAAAAGAGUAA